UUGUACAUUUACCAACCAUGGCGGCGAUAUUGUUAUGCUUGCUUUCUCUGAUGAUUUCAGUAAAUGCUAAAUAUACUUCUUUGCAGUGGAGCAAAUGUGGAGCUACUCUGAAAUCGAACCCACCUCUAGCACUUGGAAGUGUAAGCGUAACCCCAGUACCAAUAGUGAUCCCAGGCGACAUGACCUUAUCAAUCAACGGGAGUCUCACACGAAGUGUUUCCAGUUCUUCUCUGACAAUCUCGUUAAAGAGGAAAACGUUCUUGUUGGAUAUCCCGAUUCCGUGUAUUUCGCAUGUCGGUUCUUGUACAUACAAGGAUAUUUGUACCAUGGUAGAUGAUAUGGUCACCCAAAACUGGGCAGGAAUUAUGGGAGGAAUAGGAACGCAGAUUAAGGCCAUGCUAGCCAAAAGUGGUGUCACAUAUAAUGCAUGUCCACAACCAGCUCAGGCUCUAAAUAUUAACAGCUACAGUCUCCACAUUCCUGAAAUGCCAAAGAUUCUUUCUUGGUUUGCAGCGGGUGACUAUCAUGCACAUAUCGAAGUGAACGAGAAUUCUUCAGGGGAACAGAUUCUGUGUCUUGAUGCUGAUUUGACCGUUGAUCAUGCGUGCUCCGGAUUUGGAUGUAUAUUUGGAUAAUAAACUAAAAUAAAGGUUAUUGAUAACUAAA